UCACAGCUCAGUGACUACCUACGACCCAAGUCGAUCACGCUGACCUCCAUUUCAAGCUUUGGGAAUGAUGAACUGUCCUUGAUUCCUGGAGAAGCUGUAUCGAAAAGCCACGGCCGCUCUAGUGUAAAGGAUGGACAUGGCUCCGCCGAUCAUCCCCGAUCCUCAGCUUUCAACGACAAACAGGUCAAAAAACAACCUCUCUAAUCCGCUGCCACUCUCUGCGUCGCAGGAAGCUGAAGUACGGAAAGUAUACUACGCACGCGUUCGGGCAAGAUGUGCAGACGAAAUCAAAGAAUUUGCUGACUGCGCACGCGGACGAACCUUUAGCGUAGCAUGGACCUGCCGAGCCCAGCACCGCGCAAUGAAUAGCUGCAUGAUCCAGUUCGCCACGAAAGCGGAAGAAGACGCCGCUCGGGAGGAGUGGUUUGCUGGCAUACUUGAGAGGCGGCAGAAGAAAGAGGAGGAGCUCGCCGCCGUCGAGAAGAGGAGGGUCGAAGUUAUCGAGAUGACGAGGAAACAGGAGGAGAAGGAACGCAUAGAGAUGGAGAAGAAACUCGCAGCACAGUCAAAGGAGAAGCAGGAGAAGAAGAGCAGUGGAUCUUGGUGGCGAUGACACUAUCAGCCUCACACUUCCAGUGCUGAGGAGGUUUGUGGACACGCUGCUGAUUGCUGGGCUAUUGCCGCUCUGGCAGUCUCCAACGAGAUUCCACCAAGUUUCUCACCUGAGCACGAGACGAGCCACAACUCCAGGAGGCAUUCCUGGAGUAGUUGUCAGCGACGGCAGCCUGUAUACUAUCUCGACGAUCUCAUCUCCACGACUUCGACAAAUUCCACGGCGUCAUCACCACAAAUCGUCAGCGUCAUCAGGCAACCGCUCACGCUCCCAGAGCAUCUUCCUCAACUCCUCGUCCUUCUCGUAUUCUUGUUCCUCAAGAGCCAAUUGUCGUCUCGUCCGCUCUUCCAUGAGGAUAUUUCGGCGCUCAAUUGCGGCGGCCCAUCGCGCUUGAGCGGCAUCAACUUCUGCGAGGUAUUUCUUCUCCUGCCAGCGAGCGUAAAGCGCGUAGGCAGCAACCAGCCAGACGACGCAAUUUGCGAAGGCGAUCACCUGCUCGAAUGUUGUACAUGUGGUAGAGGACACCGAUCUGCCCAUUGUGAAUUUGGCUUGUUUAAAGCUGGAACUUGGCCUCAAGAUGGUUGUAUGCGUGCUUGAUGAAGUCUUGCGACGCUGGUGAUGUUUGAAGAUGCGGCGGGAAAGGAAUUGCAAUUUUGGAGCAGAUAUGCCUAGCUCCUGAGGAGCGUAAACGCCAUGCCAUGCGACAGGGCGACAUCACUCAUAUAGUCCUGCUACUGUGGUGCGUUGAAUCAAUCGGCGCGGCAAACGCGCCUGGCUAUUGGCCUUUUCACGCAUCAUGAAAGACAAGACGUGACUAGACGAGGCUAUGAGCAAACGGAAAGGACCAAAGGGUGAUAUACGUCCUCACAACGAAUUAUCAUCUCGAUGCAGAAAGACAAACAAGGCUGUUUGCCCCUUGUCGUAAUUUCUGCCCUGCUUGACACACUGGAAUCCGCCGUGAGCAUGGGCAAGAGGUGUCUAGUGAUGACGGGGACGAGUGGGCAUGUCUUAUAAAGAAUAGCAAAAGGUUACAGCUUGUAUUUCAGUCUCUCUCAAAAGUAGGCGG